AUGGUUCUACCUGUACCAACUUCAAGCGCUUCUGGUUCAAGCGUUGGUCCUAAUAACAUAUUGAGUUUAUCAAGUCCAUUUGCAGGCGUACUCAGCAAAGCUAAUUUAAAAAUCACGGGUGAUUUGAUGGAAAUGACUUGGAACUGGACACCAGAUGAAUGGGCGCAUGGUAGACGCCUUGUUCAAUUCUGGCGUCGUCAAAAUGGAGAUAUGCCAGAGGGGGAUGUGGAAAGCAUAAGAAAAAAGGAAGAAAAUGAAUCUAAUUCACUUGUAGUAUCGUGCAUUCACUGGCAAGAAAAGAAUGAUUACUUUAUUACUUCUGUCGAUUGUAUUUAUCUCUUGGAGGGAAUAAUUGGUGUUCAGUUUACAGUAGAAGAAAAGAACCGGAUUCGCCGUAACUUGGAAGGAUUUAGACCUCUGACAGUGAGUAAGUGCAAACCAGAAUGCGCUGAAUUUUUCAAGUUGAUCAUGAGUUUUCCUCAUCCAAAACCUCGUAAUAUUGAAAAAGAUGUCAAGGUCUUUCCUUGGAAGACACUUCCUAAUGCUCUUCGAAAGAUCAUUCGUAAAUACACACCUAGCUAUAGUAGUACUGCUUUAGUAAACCUAAACAACUAG